UUGUUGGUUACCAUGCCAAAUGUCAAAGUAGUUUCUGAAAUUUUAGAGGAAAGUUGUUUUUUUGUACUUUCAAAGGAACGUUGUUGCUUGACAUCGAAAGCGUUUCUUUCGUUGUUCUGGAUCGGAAAAUGACCACGGUCUGUGUAUUAUGAAUGUCGGAUUUUUCUCGCACGGGAGUUCAAGCAAAGAGUCGGGCGCGGUAAGCGACGGGGACACCAUGGCGGAACUGGCGGCCCUGCUCCGGUCGGAAAUCCCGGAGGGACGCAGCAAUCUCACCGACAACCACACCAAUCUGCAACGGGUGGCGGAAUACUGCGAGGCCAACUACUUCCAGACCGACAACAAGCGCGGAGCGCUUGAAGAAACCAAGAAUUACACCACCCAGUCACUCGCGAGCGUUGCCUAUCAAAUAAACACCUUGGCGUACAAUUUUUUGCAGCUACUAGAGAUGCAGUCUGUCCAGUUGGCAGAAAUGGAAAGCCAGAUGAACCAUAUAUCCCAGACGGUUAUGAUACACAAGGAGAAAGUGGCGAGAAGAGAGAUCGGGGUACUGACAGCGAACAAGUCAACAAACAGACAGUAUAAGAUUAUCGCGCCGGCCAAUCCCGAAAAACCAAUCAAGUACCUGAGGAAGCCCAUCGAUUACACAAUUUUCGACGACAUAGGUCACGGGGUUCGUAGUGGUGGCACACCCCGCCAGAAACAGAGGGGAUCCAGCUCGGGCAGCAUACAUUCCGUGAAUUCGCUCCAGGGCAACCCCCUGGUCGGCCCCGCGCCCACCACCAAACCUCCCACGCCGCCCCAAGUUUCGCGAACCUCCAGCAAAGUGUCGGUGUCGGGCGGUACACUCAGCAAGGGAAGCCGCGAGUACCGCACACCGCCGGCCGUCGCCCCGCCUCAGGUGCCCAGCCACUAUGCUCCCAAUUACCCUAUAGGGCAUCCGCGGAGGGAGCGGGGGCCAGGUUAUAGCGCCUUGCCCAUAGCUAACCAGCAGCCCCAGGUGGGCAUGGUGCACCCGAUGACGCAACAGCAGCAGGUGGUGCAGCCGCAGACGCCGCCCCCACCGCCGCCGCUGAACCAGGCACAGGGAAUGUACGGCCAAGAGUUGCAUGUUAUGCCGCCUCCCCCUUCUCCCUUAAUCAACAGCCAGGAGAUGGUGUUGAGCUCGAACCAGCACCAUCCGAUGAUAAUGGGCGGCCACCAUGGGCCCGUGCCCCACGGCAGCCUAGGGAUGCACACCCUAUCUCAUGCUCAGGGUCACCGCAUGUCUCAAGCCCUUCAGCAGCAGUUGCAGGCGGCUAGAGGCGGCGGGUCUCAGUCGCCGCCGUUGCCGCCGCCCCCGCCCCCUGAGGACGAGCACGAGGCGUUCGGCAGGCCUCGCAACUCGUCGUCGGGCGUCAUGCCGAUCGUGCCCGAUGAGGAGGACUUGCCGGGGUGGGUGCCGAAGAAUUAUAUCGAGAAAGUGGUCGCCAUCUAUGACUACUACGCAGACAAAGACGACGAGUUGAGUUUCCAGGAGAGUUCCGUAAUUUACGUGUUAAAGAAAAACGACGACGGAUGGUGGGAGGGAGUAAUGGAUGGCAUCACGGGGCUAUUUCCCGGCAACUACGUGGAGCCUUGCGUUUGAAAGUGGCCCUGUUGUGUUUUGUGUCCCCACCGAUCGCGCAUUAUUCGCUGUUAUGUAUACACUUUAAUUACUGCCGAAAACGUUACAUUUAAAAAUUAGUUGAAGGAUAUAAUGCUUUAGUGGUUAUUUUUGUCUGCAUUUGCGACGUCAUAUAUUCCUGUAUACAAGAAAAUAAAUGUAUUAUAUAA